AUGCUUUGGGGUCUAUUAUGGUUUGGGAUUAUUCCUUGCACCUGCCAGCAAAGCCAACAUUGCGAAUCACUCCCAGGAUCAGAGUCUUUGCCUGUGCUGGAGCGAAAGGGGAACAUCACCUUGGGUGGACUCUUCUCCCUUCAUGACAUGGUUGUGGAGCCCAGUCUAUCUUUUAAAUCUGCGCCUCCACCCACGCAGUGCACCAGAUUUAACUUUCGGUCUUUCCGCUGGAUGCAAACGAUGAUCUUUGCCAUUGAAGAAAUAAACAAGGAAGGCAAACUCCUUCCUAACAUCACACUGGGCUAUAAGAUCUAUGAUUCCUGCAGCACACCCCACCAAGCUCUCAAAGCUGUGAUGGAGCUAAUGGGGCGCGAGAACGGUGCACAUAAGAUGAAUAAAGGCACCUGUCGUGGGUCUGUGGCAGCAGUGGUAGGAGAUGGAGGAUCCACUCAGUCUCUUGUAGUGGCCCGUUUCCUAGGAAUCUUUUAUGUGCCACAGGUGAGUUAUUUCUCCAGCUGUGCGUGUCUCAGCGAUAAAAAACAGUUCCCUGCCUUUUUAAGAACCAUGCCAAGCGACUUCUUUCAGGUGCAUGCACUAGUACAACUUAUCAAGUAUUUUGGUUGGACUUGGGUCGGUGUGGUUGCAGGUGAUGACGCCUACGGCCGUGGUGGCGCCAGUAUCUUUGCUGAUGAGAUAGUAAAGCUAAGUGCCUGCGUUGCCCUUCAUGAGAUUAUCCCUAAGAACCGAGCGCAGGCUGUCAUUUCAUCUGUCAUUUCCAGGAUUCGAACCUCUGGCACUCGGGUGAUUUUAGUGUUUGCUGUGGAACAGGAUGCUGCUGUGUUGUUUGAUGAAGUUCUAAGACAAGGGCUCACUGGGAUCCAGUGGCUGGCCAGCGAAGCAUGGAGCUCAGCUGCCGUACUCUCGACCCCCAAAAAGUACCACAGCAUCCUCCACGGCUCUAUGGGGUUUGCCAUUCGUCAAGCACGCAUGCCAGCGUUGAAAGACUUUCUGCUUCGCUUGCAUCCGUCGAGCCCAGAUGCCAUUGAGGAUCCAUUUCUAAAACCCUUCUGGGAGGAGGUCUUUCAGUGUCGCCUGCUGGCUGAGCGUGAGGAAGGUAACGUUGGGGGUAAACCUCCGUGCUCUGGAGCAGAAGAUUUGGCCAAUGUUACAAAUAUCUAUACAGAUGUGUCACAGCUGAGGAUUUCCUACAACGUCUAUAAAGCUGUUCACGCUGUUGCCCGCGCACUUAAAUCAAUGACAAGCUGUGUGCAGGGAAACGGGCCUUUCUCCUCACAGGCCUGUCCUGAUAUGGGUACUAUACAGACAUGGCAGUUACUUCAUUACAUAAAACAAGUGGAAUACUCAGACUCAUAUGGUGAUGAAGUGAAGUUUGAUGAGAAUGGUGACCCAGCAGCCGUAUAUGAGCUGCUUAAUUGGCAGUUGAGGAAUGGAGAGAUGGAAUAUGUCACUGUUGGCAAAUAUGAGCAGACGGCAACACCUGGAAAGCAAAGACUUCAAAUACAGCAGGAGAUCAUCAUAUGGAACAGCAACCAAACUGAAGUUCCCGUGUCAGUAUGCAGCAGCAUUUGUCCCCCUGGAACCCGGAAGGCAAUCAGGCCUAACGUCUCUGCCUGCUGCCAUGAUUGUGUGGCUUGUGCUGCUGGGGAAGUCAGCAAUCAGACUGAUGCCACAGAGUGUCAGCGGUGCCUGCCCGAGUUCUGGUCCAACAAUGAGAGGACACUCUGUGUCCCCAAACAGGUGGAGUUCCUCUCCUUCAACGACACCAUGGGCAUCACGCUGGUGACAAUUUCCCUCACUGGCUCCAUCUGUACUUGCAUUGUCAUGAUCAUAUUCUCCCAUCACAGAAGCUCUGCUAUUGUCAGGGCCAACAACUCUGAGCUGAGCUUCCUGCUGCUCUUCUCCUUAACUCUUUGCUUCCUGUGUUCCCUGACCUUCAUGGGUCGACCCUCUGAGUGGUCCUGCAUGCUGAGACACACAGCAUUCGGCAUCACCUUUGUUCUCUGUAUGUCAUGCCUCCUGGGGAAGACUAUAGUAGUGCUGAUGGCCUUCAAGACUUCUCUGCCAGGCCGUAAUAUAAUGAAAUGGUUUGGGCCUGCUCAGCAGAAGACAAUGAUUUCAUUGUGUACACUUGUUCAGGUAAUCAUUUGCACAGUGUGGCUGGUUGUCGCUCCCCCAACCCCACAUCGACUGAUGCCACACGAGAGCUCUGUCAUCGUUCUCCUGUGUGACGAAGGCUCACGCACGGCCUUCACUCUGGUCCUGGGCUACAUCGGCGUGCUGGCCUGCCUUUGCCUCCUUUUGGCCUUCAUGGCAAGGAAACUCCCAGGCAACUUCAACGAGGCCAGACUCAUCACGUUCAGCAUGCUGAUUUUUUGCACUGUGUGGGCAGCUUUUGUUCCCGCAUACCUCACCUCUCCAGGAAAGUAUUCGAUAGUCACAGAGGUAUUUGCCAUCUUGGCUUCUAGUUACGGAUUGCUGGGCUGCAUUUUUGCACCAAAGUGCUACGUAAUCCUACUAAAGCCAGAAAAAAACACUAGGAAACACAUGAUGACCAAAGCUACCGCUGACAGAUUUUAGGAUUGUGCUCCCAUUUUGCAUUUUUUAUUUUUUCCUAUUCAAGAGCAAAAUAAGUUAUGAAAGUACAGUGCCUGUAACUAAAUGUGACUAAAUGUAUUUGACCACUAGAUGGUAGUAGUGUGCCGCUAAUUUUUUCUGUAUAUUCAACAUGUCCCAUGAGAAAAUACACGCAUGGCUCACACACACU